CGCCUUCUAUUACUUUGAGCCUCUAUGGGCAGUGGAAUGGCUAUUAAAGUACAACCUUUUUCCGGGCUCAUCACACAAAAACGGGUAAGAUAAAUAAUAAUUUAUUAUUGUGAUAUUAUCGUUGCACUGGUAUAUUUAUUUAAAUGCUGAUAAUUAGCAUUCGUGGAUAAGGUGACACCAAGUGAUCAGUUUUUUCCAAGAUGGCUGACGGGUAAUCAGAGAAUGUUCCAUGUUAUAACUUCCAGGCUUGCCCCUCGUCCAUUGCAAGAGAUGCCAAAGGUGAAAGAAAUCUUAACAGACUUUCUCAACUGUAGAUUCAGUGAGGUUCCUAUAUCGAUUCUCGCCCCAGUACCUCCGUAUCACAAAUGGUUCACUGUAGAUGACAGACAUCACCAUUUGGGAAGCUUUAAGGCGUGCAUAUUAAACAAAACUGACGACAGGCCCUGCCGACCACUCUUAACACGUGCGUGCCGCAAUGCCAGUAUCGUGGCAUUCAAAACUAUCAGAAUGACCUUGCGGAUGACGGAGGACAUUUUGGAUAAGAACCCGGAUCUAAACAUAUUGCAUUUGGUACGAGAUCCUCGAGGUGCCAUGUGGUCAAAUUUCAAUGCAUUUCUUCGUGGCCAAAAUAGCUGGGAAAAUACAGUCGCGGCCUUUAAAAAAACAACAGACGAACACUGCCAAAACUUAACAGACAACAUAAAAACCCGUCUUGAACUAGAAGGGAGGUUCCCAGGCAGAAUCAUUGACAUCCGGUACGAAGACACCGUCAAAAAUCCUCUGCGAGAAGCGGUGAAUUUAUAUCAAUUUUUAAGACAACCGAUGCCCGAGGUGCUUAAAGAGUGGGUGAUUAACAGCACAACAGCCCGGUACGACAACGGAUGGUACGGUACAUCCCGCUCACGCCCUAUCCACACUGCCUACCAGUGGAUACACACCAUGGACCGCUGGGCUUUGGAGAUAGUGGAGAAGGCCUGCUCUCAUGGGAUGCAGCACUUCCGCUACAUACCAUUUGCCAAUCUCACGGUAAAAUAUGAUGAACUGUUAUCACAACUUGAAUAAGGGACAAAAAUGAGACAUAUUCAGCCCAAGCUUCAGAAAGGUUACGACGUGUAAUGUUCAAUGCUCAGUCAUGUUGUGUUCAAAGGAAGGCACAUCAAAAAGUAAAUACAAACGUAUACUGAGUUACGAACAUCCUUGACACAGUCUAUCAUCAUGUUAGAACAUUUUGAAAGUCUCACGGUUAGGCGGCUGGGGGUAUUUAUUUCACAUACAGUAGGCCUAAUAAAGACCUCAUUCGUUUCAAAAGCAUAUAGCAAAGGAGAGUUGCGUUUUUCCCCCUACCUCGCACACGGAUAAUGGCCUGUAAAUCAUGCAAAUUUAAUAGCAACCUGGCAACUGAGGAAUGUUAAAGAAACAUUAAGUGAUAAUUGGUUAUUUUCAGGUUAUGGCCAACAUUAAAUGUACUAGUAGAUUAUAUUCACAUAUAACAGUCAUAUUUAUAAAGAAUAUAUGAGAAACCAAUAGCCAAACCAUAUUUAAGUGGCAGAACAGAGAUUAGAGAAUCCGUAAGGUAUUGUG